CCGGUACCGCUACCGGCACCUCCCGCUUCCGCCUCCGUCGCUCCCUCACUUCCGUCGCCGUUCCCGGCCCGCCGCCAUGGUGGCGGUGGACAGCGGGUUCCCCCGCUCCCCCCGGGGCGCCCUCAAGCUGGCCCGGGCGCUGGUGGCGGCUGUCGCCUUCCUCUGCUUCGCCGCCUCCCGCGCCCCCGGGGCCUACACCGCCCUGGCCGUCAUGGAGGCGGCCAUCACCGUCCUCUUUUUCCUCCUCUACCUGCUGAGGCUCGACCAGAAGCUGAGCUGGUUCUUCUGGCCCUUGGCGGAUGUUUUCAACUCGGUGAUCGCGGCGUUGUUCCUCCUCGUCGUGUGCCUGUUUGCGGUAAUAGUCAAGACCAACAACGGGACACUGGCUGGAGGAGUGUUUGGUCUUGUGUUGCUUGUUCUCUGUGUUGUCGACGCGGUUAUUCUUUUCCGGAAGAUUAGCAUUGAUGGACCAAGAGGAACAAACACUCCUGCAAAAUAAGAUUACCAUUUUAGUAAAAGAACGGUUUCUCCAUUGAUGACUUUUCUACUGUUCUCUUUUAAAGAAUUUCUAUUUUCACCGGUUCACCUUUGAAUUUCCUGUGCAUUGAUGUAGGUUUUUGCAAGUAUUGUUCCUAAGUUUUCUUACAUUUACAAAUGUAGUUUCAGUGUUGCGGUUUCACCAGUAUGAGCUUCACAGACAGAAAAUUGUCCUGUUUUUCUAAGCUGGAUUACAUUUUUACCUGUAUGAAAAUUAUUUUCAUGAUUGCCUUCUUUCUGAAAUAAAAAUAAAUAUACA